CCAUGGCCGUCCGUGCUUCCUCCCGUUCCACCACUGGCACCAGCGGUUCCCAACGUCUCUUUGGCAAAGCUUCCCUGGUGGGCAACACCGUGCGCGCCAAGAUCGGUGGCCGCGUCACCGCCCUGGCCAUCCCCAGCAGUGAGGCAGCCAAGUUGGAACGCGCUGGACAGGAUGCCACGGCCCAUAGGAAGCUCCAGGCUGUGCCGGACUAUGCCUUGGAGUUGGAACAUGUCUAUGGAUACACCGAGGGCUGUCAAAACGUGAUUUCCACCGGAAGAGGCUCGUACUGCUACACUGCUUCAAGUUUGGGCGUCCUUUGGGAUGAAGAGAGCCAGAACCAGAGGUUCUUGCAAGGACACACGGCAGAAGUUACAGCCAUCGCGUAUAGCAGUAGCACUCAAUUGAUUGCUACCGGCCAGAAAUUUGUCGGAAACAAAUCCUCUGGCAUUCGCGUUUGGUCCGUGGAUCAGCCUGGCCCAGUCAAGGAAAAAUUCCAGAUCUUGGGUCACAAUCAGAGUGUGUACUCCUUGGCUUUCUCCGCGGAUGGCCGUUGGCUGUUCUCCAUGGCCGCAGAGGAGAGAAAAGGAUCCAAAGGAUCCAGCGGUCGUAGCAAUGAGCUGACCGCGACCACCUCCCCAUUGUGCGCCUGGAGGCUAGACGACGCCAAACUGAAGGCUGGGCUGCAGCCGAGGGCAUCACACCUGCGGCUGGCGAUGAAGGAGAAGGUUAGGUUGGUACCACAUCCCGAGGAGAGCAACCGUUUGUUGGCUUUCGGGGGUCGAGCUGCGUACUUCAUCACAUGUGACUGGGCUGCCAAAGAUGUGUCCCAACGAGCUACGUGGAACAGUCCCUCUCCGCCGGACGGGGCUGGCCUUGCCUUCUAUGGCUUUUCAGCAGGUUGCUUCAUUCCUGGGGAAGACAACCUGGUAGUUCUCGGAGUGCCCGGGGGUGUCUUUGUCAUCGAUGCUUUGGAAAGUGGGCCAGUCUGCCGCUAUGGCCUGCCGCUGGAAAACCUGGAGGUUCGCUUUCUGCUUCCACUUCCUUCUGGCCACCUCUUGUGCGGUGGAUCCGGGGGUUGUCUGAUCCUCCUGGAGCCGGAGCUCUCCAGCGCUGCGGCGCUCUGCACCGCGGAGGUGGUGCAGAUCGCGGGGGUCGGCGCCACCGACUUCGCCGCUGCAACGGUGACCCAGGGGACGACUCAGGGCAUGGAGCUGGUGGCGGGAGCCAUGAAUGGAUCGCUGCUGAAGCUGCGCUUGGAUAUUGAGACCAGGCAAUGCUCUGGAGAGUUGCUGCAGCAAUCGCCAUCAGGUAUGGCAGAGGUCAGGGCACUGGCUGUGAAUCCAUCCGCUCCCAAAAAUCUGGCUGUGGCUGAUUCUUCAGGUGUGGUGUUUUUCUAUGACUUGGAGAAGCGGAAGAUGGUGAGUUUGGGAGGCCCCUUCCCAGGCGCCAUUUCCUCAAUGGCCUGGCAUCCUUUGGGCCAAUUCCUGGUGCUCGGGCUGGAAGCUGGCAACUUGCAUGGCCUUAUUUUGGAGGGUGGGAACAUCACUGAGCAGGAGAUCAAACAUCUUUUGAGCGAUCCCAGCGAAGUGACAGCCCUGCAAUUUUCCCCGGCGGGGAAUUGGCUGGCAGUGGGGCAUCGAGAUGGACAAGUACAAGUUCUGGCAGUUCCAUCCUCUUCUCUUUCUCCCACCUACAGCCCUAUUCAAUAUCGACUGCUUCCGGGCAACGCAAGUGCAAUCAUGGCCUUACAAUUCACCAAGGAUGGGACAUCAGUCGCAAGCAAUGCACGAGAUGGUGCAGUGCUUUGCUGGGAAGUGGAAACGGGCAAAGUGCUGGUGUCCAACUUCUCCGCAGAGACCUGGUUUGGAGACGGGCAUCGCUUCGGCCUCACCAUCUCCUGGGCCAUGUGGGGUGCCUGGAGCAGAGACAGUUACCGCUCCAGCGCCGCCGUGCUCGGGGAAUCCCAUGGCACUUUGCGACUGCUGGCCACUGGUGAUGUAGAUGGUUUGGUAAGGCUUCAGAGGUUUCCUGUGCCUGUGCCAGAUGCCUUGUCCAAGGAUUUCUAUGCGCACACCUCACGUGUUGCUGACCUGGCAUGGGCUGGGCCUGAUCGAUUGGUGACAGCAGGAAUGGGUUCGUGUGCACUGAUUCAAUGGCGAUUAAUCAGUCAGCGCCGGAGUGAUGACUCUGCCCGGGCUGGCCCGAGCCCCAAAGCGGCCAGCCCUCGACAGCCGCAGAGUCCCAAGACGGUUUCGGCGUCGAUGCGAUCCACCGGCAGCACCGAUGCGGCUCCCCCAUCCAGGGUGUCAAACACGAGUACUGCUACUGCCACUGCCCGAAGCAAGUCGCCCGCAAAACCUGCAGGCCGACCGAAAGCCAGGGUAUCAUCGCCGCAGCGAAGCCCAAGCCCCCGCGGUGCCCGCGGGCGCACGCCCAGCCGGAGUGCACGCAGUUCUCAAGGCAGCUCCUCGAUGGAUCCUGCCAAGGUGCGCCUUGCGGCGAAGCUGGCGCAGCCUGCGAAGCCGCCAAGUCGCUUCAAGGAGGUGUCAGUGCAAACCGACAGCGUGGCGUCGCCGGUGUAUUUAGCCGCACCGCCCGCCUAUGCAGGGCGCUUCAUUGCAAUUGAUCGCAGCUUUGCAGCAAGCCAAAAGGCAUCAAAAGCUUACUUGCUGCAGCUGGGACCGCGUUGCAUUGCAGAUGUGUUCGAGGCUCAAUUUGGAAGGGCCUUUGCUGCCGCCUUCGCCACGUGUGCUGCUCUCACCCGCACUGGGUGCCUUGGAUUGAACCGAUCAGAGAUGCUGAAAGUUUUGGUGUCACAGGCCCAGGAGUCCAGCCUUGACACCUUCGAUACCUCUGCGUCUCGAACCGGUGUCCAGGACCUCUUCUCCAGCGCCAGAAAGACGGCAACUUGGAUUUGGCUGGUGAUGAUCAUCUCAAUUCCCAGCACUCCAUGCGGCGGGGUUCGAAGCAUCACUCCCGUGCCUUGCUAUGUCACGCCAAAAGUCGCCGCAGACCGGCCGGCCGACCUCAUGCUGCGAAUUGUGGCUGGAAACGACUAUAGCUCGGUCAUUGCUGUUGCAGAUGUAUACCUACACCGACCUCCCUUUUCGCUUGACAGAGCCGUUGCGUACGGCACCACUGCUGAUGGAAUUAUGCAGGAACUCUUUUCUAUGCCACCUGGCUGGGGCGUUCUACGGGCCGGUGGCGGCACCCUUCUUUGGCUUUCCUUGAAGCAGGAUUGUGGUGGCCAGCCAUCAGCCCGGCGUGACUUGUCAGGCGUGGCAUUGCAGCUCGUCAUUCCAGCAGGAAAAGAUUUGGAUGGAGGCAAAGUCCCACCCGUGGCCUCCGGCACGGGGAAAUGGGCUGUUGCAUCUUCAACCGCCAGACCGCUGGCAGCCGAGGAGGGGAUGCUUCGCAUGGGCAUGGGCGAAUUGCAGCUGUCUUUGGAGUCGAAGAUGGAUGAGAUCUUGAAAGCUUGGCUGGGCAUUGUCCAAGAUCACGGGACAACUUCUGCGACUUCUUUGUCCUUAUGA